CUUAGGAUGUACACCGCAGUUUUCGUCGUCAGUGUCAGCAUAGCAACGGCAGCUGUUCUUCAGCACGCUCUCAUGUGGCGUAAGCCAAAAAUGAUGGAAAUGAUCGAAAGAGGCGACUAUGCUGCUUUCGUCAAGCACCGUAAUGCUUGGCGCUCCUCUUCACUCAUCACUACUACACAGCGGGUGCACAGCUCCGGAGACCUUGAGUUUGUUGGCAACAUAACGAUCGGCACACCUGCCCAACAGUUUUUCGUCUUGCUUGACACCGGAGCAUCCAAUCUUUGGGUUCCAGGAAGUGAUUGCGAUGAAUCAUGCGGUGCGAAGCACAAGUUCGGAUCAAACUCAUCGAGCACCUUUGUGGGCAGCAACACAACCUGGUCGAUCAAAUAUGAAGAGGGAAGAGCUAAAGGUGUUCUCGGAACUGACACCAUGAAGUUCGGUGGAUUGGAUGAGCAACAAUUAGCGGUUCCAAACACCACCUUUGGUCUUGCCAAACAUAUAUCCUCCGAUCUAAAAAAGGACCCCGCAGAUGGAAUUCUGGGUCUCGCGUUCACUGAACCGGGCACUAGUAAAGCUGUGUCGCCUCUUUUCAACGCUAUCACCCAGAAUUUGUUGGAUCACCCAGUCUUCACUGUUUGGAUGCAACACUGUGGAACCCCCCUGAGAACACCUGGAGGUCUCAUCACAUAUGGUGCAAUUGACACAAAAAAUUGUGGGCCAAUCAUCGCCUACGAACCAUUGUCAUCAUCAACCUAUUACCAGUUUAAGGCUACCAUUGGAAUGGGAAAUUACACGCAAACGAAGGUCUACGAAGCUAUUGCUGACACUGGUACAUCGCUCAUCGGCGGACCGAAGUCUGUCGUCGACCUCCUCGCUAAAGCUGGUGGAGCACUGUAUAACGCCACCGAGGAUAUGUACAUUGUAGAAUGUAACGUCACACACCUAACUCUUGAUAUAACAAUCGGAACAAACAAGUAUCGCAUAGACCCUGCUAACUACGUCAUGACAGCAAAUACAUGUUAUUUCGCCAUUUUUUCAAUCGAGUCUGGUGGCUUCAGACCGCAUUGGAUUCUCGGCACUCCAAUCAUCCGCCAAUACUGUCAUAUCUUCGACAUCGGGCAGAAACGCAUCGGAUUUGCUCCAUCACUUCACUAG